UUCCAUUAUUGAUUGCUUACCGCACGAUUCUUAUCUUCGAAUGGUUGGCGUACUUCUGAUAGCCUCACAAAAUAGUUUACGGUUUUUUUUAGAACUGUUCGUUCAUUUUGCUUAUCUGCACACCUGGUAAUCACCCAUGUCCGAAAUCCAGUUUUUUCUUCUUCUCCUUGCCAUUGCUACCGCCGGCGGUUCGGUGUAUGAGGGCGAUCCCCACUGCGCCCACGGCCACGACUCCAUUGUACACCUGUUCGAGUGGCGCUGGGACGACAUAGCCAGAGAGUGCGAGGUCUUCCUGGGACCGUACGGAUUCUGUGCGGUUUUUUUUUAUGGUAUCUAUACAUGUGCUAAAAUUACUAUUAAAUAUUCGAGUCCAGAUUGUAAAAUCUGUUUCUACCACUAUUUCAGGAUAUACGUCGAUGCCGUCAUAAAUCACAUGACUGGCUCCGACGGAAGUGGUCGCGGAACUGGUGGUUCUUUCUAUGACGCUAAAUCCCUCCAAUUCCCUGGCGUACCCUUUGGCCCUAACGACUUCAACGGGCGCGGCGCGUGUCACAGCGGGGACCUCAGCAUUCACAACUACAACGACGCCCAAGAAGUGCGCAACUGUCGUCUGGUCGGCCUAGUCGAUCUGAAGCUGGGCACGAGCUACGUUAGAGGGAAGACAGAGGGCUAUCUGAACCACCUGAUUGACAUAGGCGUGGCUGGGUUCAGAGUGGACGCCGCCAAGCACAUGUGGCCCGGGGACCUGACCGCCAUCAUGGCGAACACGAAGAACCUCAGGUCUGACGUGUUCGGCGGAGGAAAGAGGGCGUUCGUGUACCAGGAGGUCAUCGACAUGGGCGGGAACGAGGCCAUCAAAGCCGGAGAAUAUCUCGGAAGCGGCCGAGUGACAAAUUUCAUAUUCGGGAUCAAACUGGCUUCCGUUUUCCGAAAACAAAAUCCCAUGAAGUAUCUACACAACUGGGGUGAGGGGUGGGGCAUGAUGCGAACGGGCGACGUCGUCAACUUCAUCGACAACCACGACAACCAGAGAGGUCACGGCGGCGGCGGCAGCGUCCUCACCCACUGGGAGCCGCGGCCGUACAAGAUGGCGACCGCCUUCAUGCUGGCCCACCCGUACGGGAUGCCGCGUAUCAUGAGCAGCUUUGAGUUCAACCGGGCCCACAAUUACGAAGGGCCGCCCCACAACGGCGACAUGAGCAUCAAACACGUCAGCUUCCACGGCGACAUGACAUGCGGCAACGGCUGGUCGUGCGAGCACCGCUGGAGGGAGAUUUACAACAUGGUCGCUUUUAGAAAUAUGGCGGCGGGUACCGGCGUCAGUCACUGGUGGUCGGGCUCCGACUAUCAGAUAGCAUUCUCCAGGGGAAACAGGGCAUUCAUAGCCUUCAAUCUGGAAAACUAUGACCUCGAUCAUAACCUCCAAACGGGGAUGCCGUCUGGUACUUAUUGUGACGUCAUAUCCGGAAACCUGGAAAAUGGCGCGUGUACCGGAAAGUCUGUUCACGUGGGACACGAUGGGCACGCGCACAUUCACAUACGGCACACAGCUCGGGAUCCAAUGGUUGCGAUACAUGCAGGUGCAAAGGUUGGUUCCAAUCCAAGACGAACUGGUUAACGUGAAAAUGUCCAAGUGAAUCUAUUCCGUAUCAAGCGUGACGAAUAUAAAUUUCACACGUUC